AUUAAAUCAAACACCCUAUCAUUUUAAGUUGUAAAACCUUAAUAAAAGAUUAUCAAAGGAUUAAAUAAAAAAUUAUAAACCCGCAUUCUUGUUACAACAUCAAAUUAAAAACCCCCAAAACACUCAAAACCCUAACAUCUGCCCUAAUUUUCAAUUUCAUUCUAAAUUCAUUCAUCAAAUCAACAAUGCCUCGUGUUUCGAAGCGGAAAUCGGAGCCCGUACGAUCAUCCGAGCCUGCCGCGAAGAAAACCGCAAAGGAAGUUGAACGAAUAGACAGCUUCUUUGCAACAUAUGCUAAUACUUCAAUAGACAUGAUCGAUCCAGAAGGUGUGGAGAAACUUUGUGCUGAUCUAAAUAUUGAGUACACUGAUAUCAAAGUGUUGGUGCUAGCUUGGAAAUUGAAUGCUAAGAAGCAGGGAUAUUUUACACAGGAUGAGUGGAGGACGGGCCUGAAAUCACUGCAUGUCGACACUCUUAAAAAGCUACAAAAACAACUACCCGAGUUGGUGAAAGAGGCGUUUAAGAAAGAAAAAUUUGAGGAUUUCUACCACUUUUCCUUUCGUUACUGCUUAACCGAAGAUAAACAAAAGAACUUAGAUAUUGAGACCACCUGCGAAUUGUUGAAACUUCUUUUACACUCAACUUACGAUCAACAAGUUGAUUCAUUCAUCGAGUUCUUAAAGAUUCAGAAAGAAUAUAAGGUGAUAAACAUGGAUCAGUGGACUAACUUCUACCGUUUUUGUCAAGAGAUAGAUUUUCCAGAUUUUAAGAACUAUGAUGAUGGUCUAGCAUGGCCUAUAAUUCUCGACAAUUUUGUUGUCUGGUUGAGAGAAGAAAAGUUCGCAUGAGCAUAAACUUGAUCUGGGACCCACCCCCAUUCUACGGCUAUACAAGGAUUCAUAUACAAUGUUUUUGCUUACAAACGUCAAUUUUGCUGAUAAAUGAGAAAGAUACUGUUUUGCAAGAUUAUGCUCGGUGUUAAAUGACACCCCUUUUGAAUGUUGGCUCAUAACAUCUUUUAAAAUUGUUGAGCUUAAAGGAAAUAUAAUUUCAAAUGCAGAUAAUAUCGCUUUUUUUUUUAUCGGAUGUUGGUUCAUGAAUACAUAUCGCGUGGGGAUGGUUUGGAGUAAUCGAUUUUGUGACUA